GCCGGACCGCAGGCACCGUCCCACCGAGCGCCUCGUCGCUCGGGGAAGGCGCGGGCCCGGCCUGGCGGCCGCGGCGAGCCGGGCUCCAGCAGAGUCGCCGGCCUCGCCGUCCGGGCGGCCGCGGCGGCGUUUGAGCCUUGGCGCGGCCCGUAGCCGGGACGCCUCACUCAGCCUCGACAUGGCGGCGGCGCUGCGCGGGGGGUGGGAAGUUUCCGGGACGCCUGUUGAGGACUUCAGUGAUUCUGGACCACUGUUACUGCAAUGAUAUUACAGAAGGCAGCUAUUGGUUUCUGUUUGUUGGAUGAAACCCAAAUAUUUACUUUCAGUCAAGUGGGUAAAACCCCUUAACUGCAGUUUUCAUGUGUAGGUCACUGCGUUACUGUGUUAGUCAUUGUCUCUAUGCAGCAAUGACCAGGCUAGAAGAAGCAAACAGAGAAGCGAACAUGCAUUCGUCAGUCAGAUACCUUGGCUAUCUUGCCAGAAUCAACUUACUGGUUGCCAUUUGCAUGGGCCUUUAUGUCAGAUGGGAAAAAACUGCAGAUGCACUGAUUUUGGUAAUAUUUAUUCUGGGGCUCUUUGUUCUUGGAAUUGCCAGCAUACUGUACUACUAUUUUUCAAUGGAAACAGCAAGUCUGAGUCUCUCCAAUCUUUGGUUUGGUUUUUUGCUUGGCCUUCUCUGCUUUCUUAAUAAUUCUGCCUUCAAAACAGAUGUGAAAGAAGAAGCUACUAAAUAUUUACUCCUUUCUGCCAUUGUUUUAAGGAUAUUAUGUGCUUUGGUUGAGAGGAUUUGUGGUUGUAUCCAUCAUCGACCGACUCUGCUGACAACAGUUGAAUUUUUGGAGCUAGUUGGAUUUGCAAUUGCCAGCACGACUAUGCUGGUAGAAAAAUCUAUGAGUAUUAUUUUGUUGGUCAUGGCUUUGGCCAUGUUGAUUAUUGACUUACGUAUGAAGUCUUUUUUGGCAAUUCCAAAUUUGGCAAUUUUUGGAGCCAUUGCAUCCUUACUCUUUUUUCCAUCACUGCAAAUCCCCACAAACCCAUUUGCCUUGGCAUGUUUCUUCAGCUGCCUGAUUUCAGAUCCCCUUCUCGACGUUUACUUCAGUGGACUUUCAGUUACUGAACGAUGGAAGCCCUACUUGUAUCGUGGUAAAAUUUGCAGAAGACUUUCUGUCAUCUCAGUUGGAGUCAUUGAACUAAUCUUUUUCAUUCUUGCAGCCUUUAAACUACGUGAUUUGGAUCUCUGGUAUUUUGUGAUACCUGGUUUUUCUAUUUUUGGAAUUUUCUGGAUGAUCUGUCAUGUGAUUUUUUUUAUAACUCUUUGGGGAUUUCACACAAAACUAAAUGACUGUCACAAGGUAUACUAUACCCACCGUGCAGAAAACAACAGCCUUGCCAGAGUUAUGGCAUCCAAAGGAAUGCGACACUUCUGUUUAAUUUCGGAACAGCUAGUAUUCUUCAGCCUUGUUGCAACUGCUGUUUUGGGGGCCGUUUCUUGGCAGCCAACCAAUGGGAUCUUCAUGAGUGCAUUUCUCAUCGUUUUACCUCUGGAGUCCAUGGCUCACGGGCUUUUCCAUGAGCUGGGAAACUGCUUGGGAGGAACGUGUGUUGGGUAUGCUGUUGUGAUUCCCACCAACUUUUGCAGUCCUGAUGGCCAACCAACUCUCCUUCCACCCGAGCAUGUACAAGAGUUAAAUCUGAGGUCUACUGGCAUGCUUAAUGCCAUCCAAAGAUUUUUUGCAUAUCACAUGAUUGAGACAUAUGGUUGUGAUUACUCUACAAGCGGACUGACCUUCGAUACCCUUCACUCCAAAAUCAAGUCUUUUCUUGAACUUCGGACAGCAGAUGGACCCAGACAUGAUACCUACAUUUUAUAUUACAGUGGUCACUCCCAUGGCACUGGUGAAUGGGCACUAGCAGGAGGUGAUGCUUUACGACUUGACACACUGCUGGAGUGGUGGAGAGAAAAGAACGGCACUUUUUGUUCUCGACUCAUCAUUGUUUUAGACUGUGAGAACUCUCAGCCCUGGGUUAAAGAAGUAAGAAAAGUAAACGACCAGUAUGUUGCUGUGCAAGGAGCAGAAAUGGCCAGAGUUGUAGACAUCGAGGAAGCAGACCCUCCACAGCUUGGUGACUUCACCAGGCAGUGGGUUGAGUACAACUGUAACCCCGACAGCAACAUCACCUGGUCUGAAAAGGGACGUACGGUGAAAGCGGUGUAUGGUGUGUCAAAGCACUGGAGCGACUACACUUUGCAUUUGCCAACGGGGAGCGACGUUGCCAAACACUGGAUGAUCUACUUCCCACGUAUCACCUAUCCCUUAGUACAUUUGGCAAACUGGUUUUGUGGUCUCAAUCUGUUCUGGGUCUGUAAAGCAUGCUUUAGGUGCUUGAAAAGAUUCAAAAUGAGUUGGUUUCUUCCCACAGUGCUGGACACGGGACAGGGUUUCAAACUCGUCAAAUCCUAAUUAGGAACCAAAGAGGAAGUUAAGUGAGAGCUCUGUGAACUUUCUCACUUUACUGUACUUACAACUUUUUAUAUGACUAUUUUUCUCUGAAAAAGUCUGCUACACUCACUUUAUUCAGCUCUUUGAGCAGCUACAGUAUAUGCAACAGUUAGAAACUGAAAUCUUAAACAGAAGAGAGUAGGACUAUAAUAUUUGAGUUUUGUUACUGGUCUGUAUGUACAUAUGUAGGAGACUUAUUUAAUAUGACCAUGCAUUUUGGAGACGGCUUGCAUGUUCAUAUGCAUUACGUAAAGCAGCCUUCGUUCAGAGUCACCAGUUUGAUGGACAGCAGCUCCUGUGAUUGUUGUAGCAUGCUUAUUUCUCAUUUAUAUCCACUAUAAGGUUCAAAUACAGGAAAGGAACCAAGCUAAUAUUCAAAUCAAUAUAUAUGUCCUUGAAAUUAUAUGGUGGGGUCAAGGGUAUUCUGAAACAGCACUGAGCCAAAAAAAAUAAGAGUCAAUAGCCAUCGUAGGUAAGUAGCUACCAAGAAUCUUUAGUUUUAUUUGCUUUUACAUCUUCAGCCCCUGCCUCAGUUCUCUACUGCCAUCAGUGGAAAUUCACCACGGAAAACAAGGAAAUCAGACAACCCUAUAAUGUUCUGAUGCUGCUCAGACGUUUUCUGGAGUGCAGUUUUAAAAACUUUCAGCGUUACUUUCAAAUUCAGUAUCUUGCGGGUGAUCUUUUAUUUUUUUGGUAAAUAUUCCCAGUAGUUAGUUCAUAUAUGGAAUAAAAAGUGCACUGAGAGUUUUUCCCUCAUCUGUUAGGGUAGUUCUGUCUUUUCCAGGCUCUUACUAGUUUGUAUUUUGAAAAGUUACCACAAAGUAAAAAAAAAAAAACAAACCCCAAGGAAUUUAACAAAGAACAUAAUCCAUAGAUAAAAAAUGGAAAUACAAGUGUUGCCUCGCUUCCAUGUUUAUCUGAAGUCUUUGCUGUGCCUAAGACCUCGAUUCUGUAAAACGCUGAGUACGGGAUUGGGCCGACAAGUUCAUUAUCUAUUAAAACCACAAGCGAAGUUUGUCAGAAAGAAUAGAUUAUUCCCGUAGGACAGGAGUGAAUCCUGAGUAUUCCUCAGCUCUGUUCUUCCAGCCACAAGGUCCUAAUCUUCAUCCUUCCACUCAGAGAGCUGGAUGGGACUCUAGAAAUCCUGCCCCGGCCUUUCCUCUCCAGUCAGAGAAGCUGUGUGGCUUUCUGAUCUCAUUUUCUCAAGUGCAGAAAAUAACGAGUGAAAUAACUAAGCAGCUAAGCCAGUACAAUUUGUGGUGGGAUUUUUGCCUAUCUAUGUGCAAUCCAGUAGACCUAGAGUUUACUUUUCUCUGUUUCCAUCAGUAUUUUAAUAAAAAUGUUAGGCAUUAGCUGAUAGUUGUCUAAAAUACAACUUAUUAAUUUUUUGUAUUUAAAUAAAAGACUUUAGGAGCUCUUUAAGUCUUUGCCAUCAAGGUUUUUUCUAACUCCAUUUGAGCUUUUUAGCCAGCUAAGUUAGAGAAUCUGCUAACACCGAUACCUGUUAGUAACUCCUGAAAAUAAAAUGUGUGAUUACAUUAUGAGAUCUGCAACAGGAGUAAUUUGCACCCACCAACUUCAAAAUGGUGAUUUUGUAGGAUUUACAAGCGACAGUCACUAAGUUUCUUCAUUAGUGUGUAUCACACAACUUGGUUUAGCAAGACAGCACCCCCCACCCCGCUUUGCCUUUCUCCAUCCCCUUCUGUAAAGUGAAAAGAGGAUAAGGAAAUGAGAGAUGAAGCGGGUCUUCUCUAAGUAGAUACUGGUGAUGGCAGCUCUGUUACGGAUUUGAGGGGUGGCAGUUCUCAGUCAGGACAGGGUAAUCGCACCAUCUAACUUCAGGUGUCCAACUUAAGUUCCUAAUGUGGGAGUCAUUUAAAUCAGAUGUCUGAAAGCUUGACACCUGAACCCAUGCUAGUGACCUGAAAUGCUCUGCUGCUCAUUAACAAAGAGAAGUCAAUAUUUCUAGAGGAAGAAUCACUUGAUCUCUGUUUUAGGGUGAAUUUUCCUGUGAUUGUGCCUAUUAGAUUUGUUUUGGCUUUGCUUUCAUAUGCCAAAGGUCAAGCAGACAAAUCCCCUAUGUCUGUUUAAUAACCUUAGAGUACUUCUGUUGUAAGUCACCCUCUGGAGCCUGGGUUGGGCACAUGAGCUCCUUGUUCCAGCACAUAAAUUGGAUAUUUGAAGUGAGGCUGAACGAGCAUCCGUCAAGUUGCAGAAAAGCAGCACUUUGCAGAAGUCAUUUGCAGCCAUUUCUAGCCAUCAGCCCCUGGGUAUAGAGAAGAAAGAUUGCUUAAAGACAAUCAUUUGGUUUGUAAAAUCACCAUGAUUUUGAAUGCUGUUUCAGUAAAAGUUCAUCUGAUUGCAUCAUAAAUUCUUCUAACUUGAGCGCUAGGAAUUUUUAACAAAGUCCCCGUAAAGCAGCACUGUAAUUAAUACCUGAUAGUCACCCUGUGAACAUUUGAAAGUCAAGAAGACAGUCCUUGUUUUCGAAAAGCUUUAAACAUCAGCCAUAACACUUCUCGCUAAUUACAGUGGGUAAAUCUUACUCUGUACCUGCUACUGUUACAUUUUUUACAAACAUCAUCUGUGUCUGUCUUUUUGUACGUGAAGGGGAACAGGAGAAGGAUGGGAGGCUCCGAACCUGUCCUGGGACUCCGAGCAGUAUCCGCUCGGCAGUGCGGUGAUGGGCCUAGCACCGAUUGGUGCUGGUCUUUUGCCUCUGUUUUUAAAUGGUUUCCAGCUUGCUUAUCAAACUGUUGAGUUUUCUCUAGGAUAGACUGGGCGAUCUUUAGCAGUUUGUUGAGAGUUAAAUAAGAGUCAACUAAAAAUACAACAGAAAGGUUAUUUGCAAAACUUACCACAUGAUUGCAGAUUUGUCUCAGUUUUCUUAAUUAAACAAGUCUAGUUUUCUGAAUUUGAAAUCAUUUUAACAUGAGCUAAGGUGUUCCUACUUUUGAUCUUACUAUUUUUUUAAACGGCAAAGGCAUGGUGAAAAUGCUGAUUUAAACUAAAUGUUUACAGCCAUUCAAAACUGUGAGGCCUUUUUUGGACAAAGAGACUGCCUUGUGGGUUUCAAAACGCCGUGCUGCCCAGGGUGUGGGGUGAUGAGCCUCAGGAAUUCAACAGUAUUAAUUCUCCAUUUCCACACCAGCUAAUACCAAGGCGUCCUACCCUGGCCCCUGUUCCCAGGUGGCAUUUUUCACCAGCCUCUGCCCACCCGGGCUGUGCCAGGGACCAUGUACCAGGAGCUGCUAGCAGCGGUGAGGAGUUUCCCCUCUGCUGCUCCCUGUACAAAAUAUGGGGGCAAAGCUUGAAAGAGAAAUUUAAGUCUAAUUCCAAAGAAUGUUGCAUACUAUCAGUUACAUACAGGUUGUUUUUCUUUAGCAGUAAGCUGCUCGCCAGUUGUCUGGAUGAGGAAAACCUAAACUUGUUUUGUAGAGGCUUGUCUCUGUACUGUAUAUUCAGACAUUUUUGUUAUAAAGGUUGUUAUAAAUUUAUAUCACAGCAGCAAUUUUAUGUUGACUUUGUUUCAUUUACCUCCUGUAUAGUAUCAGCCUUGCUGAAACAGGCAAAUGCACUAAGUCAGUCCUACAAAUACAAGUCUUUAAAAGGAAUUUGAAUUGCAAAUUCACAGUAGUGUUUUUCUCUGAACAAGUAUUGGGAAAAAAAAAAGCCAUUCUUCAUUUUUGCACUACCAGAGUUACAUAUUUGCAGUUCCUCAUGCUUUGCAUGCCUUGUGGUUGUUGUUGCUCAGCCUUCAGUUUGAGUUUUUCCCAGAAAUAAUUUCUGCACCUUUAUUAAAUUUUCCCUUUAUUUUGCAAAGGCAUAAUUAAUGCUAUGCUUGCUGUAAAGCACCUCUGUUGCCAGCAGUAGCGAGUGGGUUAAAUUUCUUGUUUAUAAAUACCUUUUUGUAGGAGGAUUUUUACUGAAUUUGCCGAUUUUAGAUUUGUAAAUAGAUUUUUUUUGUGUGUGUAUUUGUGAUAUUGCUUAAAUAUAUUUUGCUGUUUUGGAUGCUCAGUUCCAUUUUGUUUUUGUUUAUGCCUUGAUCACUUUCAAAAUAUCGGUGUUCCUUCUUGAAUUACAUGGGGUUUUUCUG